GCGGAUGCGAGGCGUGCGCUCGGCAUGCUGGGACGUGUAGUACUCUGGCCUGAGAAUCAAAGAGCGCUUCGGGACCUGGGGACUCCAUUUCCCAUCAUGUCCCCUGGCAGCCGUCCGAAAGACCUGUCCGUGCGCCGCUGCCGCUCCUGGGAGGUGGAGUCCUCCUGCCCGUGACAGAGAACGAAGCGGAUGGUGGCUGGGACUCCAUUUCCCAUCGCUCCGUGUAGCAGGGCCAGGCUGGGCCGGCUCCCGAGCCGCCUCAGACGGAGCCAGGCAGCCAGCACGGCCCCCCUUCCCUUUCCCCCGGUCCCGGCCUCACCAUGAGCAGCGGCAGCGCCGGCUCUUCCCGGCCCCGGACGAGCUCCUUCGCAGAUCCCUCCGGCGGAGCUCCCGCCGCCGCACCCGCCGCACCCGGCCCCACCUCAGGGGCAGCGCCAGGGGGGAAGCCCGGGGGGGCUGCCGGGCCUGGGCCGGGGGGAGGCAGCAACACCGCCACGGUCGGCUCCUUCCCGAAUCUCAAGCUCGGCCGAGAUAGCAGCAAGGUGACCACCGUGGUGGCCACGCCCGGCCAGGGCCCUGACCGUCCCCAAGAAGUCUCGUACUCUGAUAUUAAGGUUAUUGGCAAUGGGUCAUUUGGGGUGGUCUACCAGGCCCGAUUGGCAGACUCUGGAGAGCUGGUGGCUAUCAAGAAGGUGCUGCAAGAUAAACGCUUCAAGAACCGGGAACUGCAGAUCAUGCGGAAGCUGGAUCACUGCAACAUUGUCCGCUUGCGGUAUUUCUUCUACUCAAGUGGUGAGAAGAAGGAUGAGGUGUAUCUUAAUUUAGUCCUGGACUAUGUGCCCGAGACGGUCUACCGUGUGGCCCGCCACUUUAUCAAAGCCAAACAGACGAUCCCUGUCAUCUAUGUGAAGGUGUACAUGUACCAGCUGUUCCGCAGUCUCGCUUACAUCCAUUCCCAAGGUGUCUGUCAUCGGGACAUCAAGCCCCAAAACCUGCUGGUGGACCCCGACACAGCAGUAUUGAAGCUUUGUGACUUUGGCAGUGCAAAGCAGCUGGUGCGGGGAGAACCCAACGUUUCCUACAUCUGUUCUCGCUAUUACCGUGCCCCUGAGCUCAUCUUUGGAGCUACCGACUACACCUCGAACAUAGAUAUCUGGUCUGCUGGAUGUGUGCUGGCAGAGCUGUUGCUGGGGCAGCCUAUAUUUCCUGGGGACAGUGGAGUGGACCAGCUGGUGGAGAUCAUUAAGGUGCUGGGGACGCCGACGCGAGAACAGAUUCGAGAGAUGAACCCCAACUACACGGAGUUCAAGUUCCCCCAGAUCAAAGCACACCCCUGGAUAAAGGUGUUCAAGCCCCGCACGCCGCUGGAGGCCAUCUCACUGUGCAGCCGGCUGCUGGAGUACACGCCCGCCACUCGCCUCUCUCCGCUCGAGGCCUGCGCCAACAGUUUCUUUGACGAGCUGCGCGAGCCAAGCACUCGGCUGCCCAACGGCCGUGACUUGCCCCCACUCUUCAACUUCAGCCCUGUGGAACUAUCCAUCCAGCCAGGGCUCAACCCCAACCUCAUUCCACCACACGUUCGGUCCCAGGCUGGCUCAGUGGGAUCUGUGCCUGGCCCCACAACCGCACACAAUGAGGGGCGAAUGGGAAGUGACAGGAGCCAGGUGACGCCAGGAGACGGCGCCGGACCCAUCGCCAACACAUCCUGAGGGGCCGCUGGGCAGGUCCCCUCCACCACCCCCUACCCCCCACCCCAGGCCACCCACAUGGACUUCUCAGAACUGUGAACGGUGGGGGGGAAAGCAGCUGUGGCCUGGGGGACCUUGUGGCGCCUGCCUGCCUCCCUCCCCCCUCCCUUUGGCCAAGGGGGAGGCCAAUUGGAGAGGAGAUGGCCGCUUGGAUGGGAGGGGGAAGUCCCCCCCCCUCCCCAGAUCACUUGCGAUACCUUCCCAUGUUGUCCCAUGAUGCCUCGGCACAGGGAGAGGGCAGCGGAAUCCCAUGGCAGCGGGGCUCCCUUUCUUUCCCUCGAAAGCAGUUCAGGUUGGUGCCUCUGGGGAGGGGGAGAGACCUGAGAGCGGCUGCCCCCCUUCCUCUGCUCCGCCCCAGUCUGCCCCAACUCGGUUUUAAGUUCCUCUUUGUUUUUAACAUCCCAUGGAGAGAGAGAGAGAGAAAAGUUUUAUUUCCGGUCUCAUGUCUCCUAUGCUCUCUGAACUCCAGCCCUGCGGUCCCUCUCGCCAUCCCUUUCCCUCACCGGGUGCCCUUCCUCCAUCCCAGACCUGUCUGCCUCUGCAACUCGGAUGCUGUAUUUUUAAGCGGGUCAGUCUUUUCUCCCCCCCGCCGCCUUUUUCUUUUAAUGUCCCGAUAAUCUGCCCCAUUCAGGUGGGGAACUGGGACCGUUCCUCUGCCCAAUACCCCGCUCCCUCGCCUUGUCAUGCGCUGGCUGUGCCUCCACCACAAUCUCUUCAUUGGGAACAAGAAGCUCCUCGCCCCCACACACACACGCGCCUUCGGUUGUGAGGGGGGCACGGCCGACCAUUCCUUCUUUCUCCAACCUCCCAUUAUCAAUGGUACCUGGACUUCCUGUGGGCAACCUAUUCCCCCCCCCCCGCCCCGGACCAUGCAGGCUGGCAUGAGUGUUGCUCUUCCCUAAGCAGGCAGUUACAUGGCAGAAACCUGCUCUGAACUUCAGCUGUUCCUCCCGCCCCACUAGCAGACUCCUCCUCGGCACUGCUCCGAUGUGGGUGAGGAGGGGCUCUCCAAGGGAGCCUGGGGGAGAAAGCUAGUUUUAAUUCCCUGCCCGUCUCCCCUUCCACUGUAAAUACAUCUCUUCUUCCCUCUCCCUCAAAACAAAUUCCUUUUACCGUUCUCCCUGUAAAUAGAUUAUAAUUUUUUUUUUCUUAAUACAAGGUUGCAAUGAUUGCCCCAAUCCCCAUCUCCCUCUCCACCUUCAAAUUGCUCUAGGAUCGAGGGUUCCCCCUGGGGAGCCAGGGUGCAGCCUGUGGAUAAAUUCCCCAAACCCCCGCCCCCCCCUUCAUCCUCACUGCCCUCCUCUCCCUUCCAACAUUGUGUGUUAGUUUCUUUCUUAGGUUUUUUGGCUGUGUACAGACAUCCGGUUCAAUAAAUUAUUGGCAUGAACGGAAAAAA